CACCAGUGCGUAGUUUGACUCUGAGGAGCGUUUUCGGAGACCAGCCUCGUAAAUCGCGGUCGCCGAGUCGUCAAAGUUGAAAUCUCAAUGUCAAUGUCUUGAAGCCAGUUUGCGUUUACCUCGAAGAAACUCGUGUGGGGACAGACGAAUUUCUUGACUUGGUGGGGAUGGUGGCGGGUACUGCUAUAGUGUAUGUAGUAGACUCGGCAACCAAUCGAGUGGCGCCCACCACCUCCUCAUAUGAUACAUUAGCACUGUGCAACUACCAUUAAGUCUGGAUAAGGGUCCCUCCAUUCAUUCGGUUCUCCCGGGGUUACCUUGACCAAAAGACCCGUUGAGGGUUCAGUUGCUUCUUGGUUGGACGACCGGUAACACCGCAACAAAAACUCCGCCGAUUAGAUUAUCAUGUCGAGGGUUUCACUUGUUUUUUUGCUUGUCGCCUUUGUGGUGUGCUGCUCAGCUCAAAAUCUGCGCAAACCUCAUCUUCGAAGACCCCUACCCCCUGUUGCAUAUGCCAAACCCAGACGAUAUUCGCCAGCAGUAAGACGACAAACCAGUCUUAACCCUUUCCGUUGGCUUUUCUCGAACAGCACUCCGUUGCGUUCUCGCGGUCGUCCAGCGCAAAAACGACGCCCCGCUUUGUCGCCCCAAAAACGAGACUUCAAAGUCAAGGACUUGAAGAGCAAGAAUACGAAACGGACGUUCAAGGCAGCCGAGGAUAUUCCCGGCUAUGAGAGGUUCACCUUGAGCGAAGCCAUCUUACCUGAUAGUGACGACGACAAUAACGAGGAGCAACAAGCUCAGAAGACCGACGACGAGGUCAAAGAAGAAAAGGAAUCCUCUUGAAUCAAAUGGAAUCAUGGAAUCGUGGCUAUCUUGUCCAAAGAGCUUUAUUGUUUAUGAAUCUUUAGGCUAAUAUAAAAACUAAUUCAAUUAUAAUCGUUAUCAAUCGUGAUAAACUUAAUAGCAGUUAAUGAUUGAUUGGUUGGUUGGUUGGUUUGUUAGUUUCCUCAGUGCUUCUGAUACCGGUGUUCGUAUCAGUGCAGAGGUUUUUAGACGUAACCAUAGAAGAACUCGAACUUGAAAGAUUGAGAGAAAUGCUGCAUUUUUGAAGUUGAACUAUGCGAACAGAGGCACAAUGAACAAUGAAGCUGGAGGAG